UUAGCUGCCAGGCAGUGAAUCUGAGACCAUGACUAUCAGAUGCUUUUAUGGGAAUGAUGAAUCAGGGAAUCCGAUUAUAAAAUCCUCAAACGAGGCUUCUUCCUUAAAUAUCAUUGUCAUUCAACUCUACUUCUACCCCACAAGCCACCAAUUUGUUCCUUCGCUUUCCCCUCUUCGGAUUACUACCGGGCACCUUGAUUGAAAGAGGAAGGAAAGCGAACCAGAACUGUCUUUUCCUGCACGAUUCUUUAUCUAAGUACGGCCAUUUCUUCAGCUCGAAGCUUCGUAUAUCCGUUCAUCACCUCGGCCCCAUUACAGUAUUUAUCAUUAUUGGAGUGAGAGAGAAGGAGAGGGGUAUACUAGAGAUGGAUGUGUGUGGAAGAAGAGGUGGGGCUAGAGGCGGUGUGGUGCCUGGUUCGGUGUGGGAGAGCAGGAUGAAGAGUGACGAAGUGAGAGGUGGGAUUAAGGUCUUCAAUGGAGAAGAAAGUCCUGAAGAAGGAGGGGAUGGUAGGACCAGAUUGAAGAAUCCCAAACGGGAAGAGGAAGACUUGGAAAUCGGAGAGCUCGGAGGGUUUCGAUAGGAACCUAAUUCUUGUAGCUCGACGAAGAUCAUCAGAGCCGCUCAAGAAUUGCGAUGGACUGAGCAAGGGGCUUAGUGUUUCUUUAGAUGGAAUCAAGAAAAGCCCAAUUCUUACCAGGAAAAUUUCUUCGUCCGCGGAAAAAUGCGAGAGAAGCCCCGUUCUCAUGAGAAAGCUAAGAUCCGAAUCCGCUGAGGAACCAGAAACGAAUUCGAAGCAGCUCAAGAAGUCGAAAUCAGAAUCUAUUAAUCAAAAGGUUGAGGAUGUCGAUGGGCCCGGUAAUGGAAAUCCGGAGAAUUCAAUUCACUUGAGGAAGACAAAAUUAGUGCCGGUCGAAGUUGAAGAUGAAUCUAAGAACAAUACUGUUGGGUUUUGCAAGGAUUUCGUUUUGUGCACAGAAAAGGUUAUUUCAAGCCGUUCAGAAAAUGUAGGCAAUGUAAAAAAUCCUCCUGAAUUAUCGGUGAAGGUUGGUGGCGAUAUAAUUGCUGAUAUUGACGACGAAGCAGAUGAAAGAGUUGAAGUAGAUGAGGAGAUUAAUAUGGUGAAGGAGAAUGUGAAGGAAAUCAAUGUCUCUGAGCUUAAGGCUGUAAAUGAACCUCAACACAAGAAGGUUCUGAUCCAAAAGCGAUUUCAACAUGAUCAAAGGCCUGUCUCAAUGCCUCGCACAACGAAACAAUCUUCCCCAAUUAAAAGGCAUUCCUCAAUUUACCAAAAUUUCAGAAAAUCUCAUUCAAUUCCAAAGGCUGACGAGCACCAUACCUUUCCACAAACCCAGAACAAAUUGCAGAGCCUAGUGGAUUUAAUCAUGUGGAGAGAGGUCUCAAGAUCAGCAUUUGUCUUCGGCAUUGGAACAUUCAUCAUAAUCUUAUCUUCUUAUGCAAAGGAUAUCAAUGUGAGUUCUAUUUCCGUGAUGUCCUAUCUGGGCCUUGCUUAUCUUGUUGCUAUCUUCCUCUACAGAUCCUUCAUUUGCAGGGGAGUUAUAGAUUUAGAUAGCACAAAUCAUAUAUGGGAGAGGAAGAAGCAAUUUGGGUCAUAAAAAUGAUUCUGCCUUACUUGAACGAGUUUCUGUUAAAACUCAGAGCCCUCUUUUCUGGAGAUCCUGGUACCACUAUGAAGAUGGCUGUUUUGCUGUUUGUUUUAGCCAGAUGGGGCAGCUCCAUAACCAUUUGGAAGAUGGCCAAAUUCGAAGCAAGAAGAAAAUGAAUCUCACAAGCAUUCCACUCGUUUACGCGAAGUUUCUUGCUUUUUCCAUCACUUGGAACGCCAUAUUAACACAAGCUUACGUUUGCUCACUGCCUCAGGCUUCUUUGUUGUUUUCAUGGCUCCAAAGCUUUACUCUCUGUAUUCUGUACAGUUGGUUUCAUACGGUAAGAACCUGAAUUUAAUGUACCUCUGAUAUCAAAUUAUUUAAUGCAAGGUAUUGAUUCCUGACUUUAUAACGUUAAGCUGUAAAAGGACGCAAGACAUUGCUGUGACCAGUGCUUCACUGUGCAUAAUGUAAUGCCUGACUCUCCAGUGUACUAGUUCUUACUUCUCAGGCCCACUGCAAAGCCGUUUUGUCUGUAUCUAUCUAUCCAUGUCGGCAGCUAUGAGUCUCUAUUAAUAUUAUUUUAAAUAAAUGUUUUUCAUUAAAGUAAGUUUUUUAAAUCUUCCAUCCCCAUAUGGUGAUUGAAGGGAGCAUAAAUAAGAUGACCUUAUGAGAGAGCAUGCAACAAUGUUUCUGAAUAAUGAUGAUUUUGGAGAUUAUAGUUAAGAAUGUAGUUUGAUGAUGAUGGCGGUGGUGAAUGGAGAACUUAAAUUGGUGCAGCAAAUUCGUGGGUGAAGCGAGCGAGGGAUGGUUGGGAUUCAUGUGGUCACAAGAAAGCAGUGGGUCUUGGCAUCUUUGGCCUUGUGUGGAAUCUGUCAUCACUUGUUGUUCGUAUCUGGGCAGUUUUUGUGCUAAUAGCAGCAUUAAGAUAC